AUGGCCUUAAACUCAACUAAUCAAACUUAUGAUCUGUUUGAUGUUAAAAAAAACAAAUUAUUAUGGCAAGGAGAUCUUUCUCAAUUAAAGACAUUCGUUGCGAAUGAAGUGAAUCAAAGAGAUGCUGAAAAUGCGAUAUGGCGAUCGCCGAGCGGAGGCACAUGGUGCUUUAAAGGCGAAGGCGAUGAUCUGUUAGUAACGUGGCACAGCAAAAGCAAAACGAUCUCUUUUGACGGUAAAGCGGCUGAUGAAAUUAAAGAACGAAUUCACGAAGCUAUAAGCAACAAAUAUACAGAUUUGACAAAUGUCGAAGUCGCAAAUGUAGAAGCCACCAAUGUUGAAGCCGCAAAGGUCGAAGCUACAAAUGUCGAAGCCACAAAUGUCGAGGCUACAAACGACGAAGCCGCAGAUAUCGAAGCCAGAGAUAAUACUAACGCUAUCGAAUUGGUCAACAUCAGUGAUUCUACCUUACUGCCUAAUGAUUUAUGCGGUAAGUGGUCUGAUCUAGCCGACACGGUCGAACUCCUCGAAGAUCGAAUGAAUAAUAACUUUAUGGAUAUCGCAAAAUCAAUAAACAGUUUGAAAGCAAAGGAAGGAUUAAAUACGGAGCUCUCCCGUGAAUAUGUUGAUAGUAUUGUGCGGGAAAAUGUAAAAUUAAGACAGGAUAAUGAAAAUUUAAGGGAGCGUUCUGAAAAUCUUUCGUAUACUAUAUCAGAUGUAAGCUAAAGCUAAAAGAUUUGAAAAUGAGAAAGAAUCCCUGAUUACAGCUUUGGGAAUGUCACAAUCAGAUCUAAAUGAGAAAUAUAAAGGGGCUGAUUGGCAAACUGUCAAAGGUUCUGUUAUAAAAAACGGUAGCUGUAAACAGAUGUCCGCAUCUAGUAUAGAUGCUGAUAUCAAUCCGAAUGUCGAGAUUAGCAACAGAUUUGAAAGUCUAAUUUACGAAGGCGAUGAAGAAUCUGAUGAUCAAGAAAUUCCUAACACGACAAAAACAAAAGAGAAAUUAAGCCUUCAACAAAAGGGCUUUGGUAAGAAUCAAAUGAGCGAAUCUGAUGACAAAGCUGCUCAAUCGAAAGCCAACAAGCAGAGGUCACAGCAGAUUAAUCCGGAACAAAAGCAUAAGAAGAAUAAGAAUAAGAAACAAAAGGUGAAGAAUAACGAACAAAAGGCAAAGGAAAACGAACAAACAGGAGAAGCGCAUAAGGCAAGUGACGAAAUAACGGCAGAAAGACAACGCACUAAAGAAACGGUCGUUAUAGCUGGAGAUUCGAUUAUAAAAUAUGUAAAAGGUUGGGAAGUAUCCAACACUGACAGAAACGUAAUAGUUAAGUCUUUCUCAGCUGCAACAGUUAAUGAUAUGUCUGAUUUCUUAAAGCCCACUGCACGAAAGCAACCCGAUAAGCUCAUUAUCCACGCAGGCACAAACGACAUACGCUAUUCAAGUCCUAAAGAAAUUGCAAAGAAAAUUAUCGAGUUAGCAGAGAAUUUUAAAAAGGAUUGCAAUGAUACUGAAGUCAUCAUCUCUUCUUUAGUCACUAGAUGCGAUAGAGAGGAACUUACAACGAUGGUAAAUGAGACCAACAAUAUAUUAAAGUCAAGCUGCUUGAAGAAAAAGCUUGCAUUUUUAGACAAUAGUAAUAUUAAUCGCUCUCAUUUAAAUAGUACAUAUUUCUUAAGUUCGCAUAAUUGAAAUGAGGACGGGUCGAGGAGGAGUGCUAAUGAUGCCUGUUUAAAUAUUCCGAAAACAAGGGGUUUUAAGAUGGCUAUGCUUAAUGUAGUUAGCCUUCCGAAACACCUUGAUGAAAUCCGAUUAUUACUUCACGAUAAAUAUUUAGAUGUUUUAGCAGUUAAUGAAACCCGUUUGGACUCCACUAUUUCCGAUGGGAUUGUUAGCAUUGAAGGUUAUGACUUGCUACGUGCUGAUCGGAAUAGAAAUGGAGGAGGGGUAUGUAUUUAUAUAAGACGCCAUAUAAAUUAUGAAAAUCGCCCUGAUCUAGUUCCAUCAGGCCUUGAAGCUGUCUGUGUGGAAAUUAAGCAGGCUAAUAGUCAAUCUUUUAUAGUUUCAAGUAUUUAUAGACCACCAUGUUCCGCUAGUGAAGUGUUUAUAAAAAUUGAGAGGCUAAUCAAAUCAAUUGAUGAUGAAAAUAUAGAAUUUUAUAUUUUGGGAGAUUUAAAUUGUAAUAUGCUAGAAACAACUUUGUCCACCACUAGAAGGCUUCAAGACGUUUUGGAAUUAUAUCAACUUACACAAUUAAUUAAUAAACCUACGCGUAUUACCCAGUCUAGCCAAUCAUUAUUGGAUGUAGUAAUUGCGUCAAUGCCUGAAAAAAUAAUUUUUUCAGGUGAAGUCCAUCUCGGAAUUAGUGAUCACAGCCUCAUUUAUAGUAUUCGUUAAAUAAGUACAAGAAUAAAAACUGAUUUACAAGGUUCUGUCGAGUAUAGAAAUUUUAAGAAUUUCAAUGUUUCAGGCUUUCUAUAUGACUUACAAAAUAUACCUUGGGAAGAAAUAAGAUUUAAAAGAAAUGUAGAUGAAAUGUGGCGGUUAUGGAAAACAUAUUUUGUAGAUGUGCUGGAUAAACAUGCCCCUGUGAGAGUAAAAAGAUUAAGAAAAGGGGGCAAUAUUCCUUGGGUAAGCCGGGAAGUAAAGGAAAAAUUAUUUAAAAGAGAUGCUCUUAAGCGUAAAGCAAUAAAGACAAAUAAUGAAGAAGACUGGAGACUAUAUAAGUCAUCUAGAAAUGUUGCCAACACUGCUUUGCGCAGUGCUAAAAGAGAUUAUUAUGCAAACAAAUUCACAAAUAAUAAACAGAAUCCUAAAUAUGCUUGGAGAACAAUAAACGAUAUAUUAGGUCGAAACAGAAACAGACUACGAUUAAUGAAAUUAAACUUCCAGGUAAAACUGUUACAUCGACCGACGAAUUAGUCGACAUUUUUAAUGAUCAUUUUAGUAAUAUUGGCCCAAAGCUUGCUGAGUCUAUUCCAAAUGACAAUGACGUUAGUUUUCGAGAGUUUAUUACUCAACAAAAAUCUAAGACAAAGAACAGUUUCUCAUUUCGACCAGUGAGUGUAACAUUGGUUUACACUCUUCUAGUUAAUUUGUCUACCACCAAAGCGACUGGAAUGGAUAAAAUUUCAGCUAAAAUUCUACAAGUAGCAGCUCCAGUUAUUGCACUUUCUCUUGCUGAGAUUUUUAAUAUGUCAAUUGACUCGGAUCAAUUUCCUUCUGAUUGGAAAGCUGCAAGGGUUAUUCCAUCGUUUAAGAAAGGUCAGCGAUCCAUGUUGGACAACUAUAGACCGAUAUCAAUCCUUCCUGUAGUAAGUAAACUUAUGGAAAGAAUUAUGUAUGAUCAAAUGUAUGAGUAUCUUAACCAGAAUAAUCUUUUCUCAAAACACCAAUUUGGUUUCAGACCUUAUCAUUCCACAACUAUACUACAUUAUUGGAUUGUACGAACGAAUGGUAUACCAACAUGGACCGUGGGCUGUAUAACUUAG